CUGCGAUCCCGUGAGAGUGUGCGAGUGUGUUUGGUUUCGGAAGGGAGUGGAAAGCCCUCCGCGACACAGUGUCACUCAUAUAAUGUGACACAGGGAGGGGACAGGGGAGAGAGAGAGCGAGGGUUCGUAUCGGUUGUGGCUACAGAACACUGGGAAAAAGGCAAUGCACGCGCGCACCGUCGCCUAGGCUACAGUCGGUGCCGUUAUCUAGCCUUCUGAAUGAAGGAUUGAAGCUGAAGAUUCCCAAAGGUUUUCCUCCCGGAGAAAACAGAAACAAUAUUUGUUUGUUUUUUCUCUCUCUCUCUGUCUCUCUCGCUCUUUCUCUCUCUCGCUCCUCCAUCCUUCUUUCAUGUCUCUGAGGAUGUGUCAGAACUGAGGUGUCUGUCAUUGAGAAGAAGCUGAUAUAUGAAAAUCAGAGCUGGUGUCAGAAGUUGACAAGACAGAGGACACGGAUAUUGAAAGACACAACGCUAAGACCAAUGUUAUGUCUGCCUAAAGUAACCUUACACAACGAAGCGGAUCGUAAAGACCGAGACCGGAAUCCUCAUCGCCACGAGACCUGCCGUGACCAGCGGAUCACAGGUGCAAGCACUCGUACACUGGAGAGAAACGAGACGUCGCUGGAGGAAUACGGUUUCAAGUGUGUUCUAAAACACAGAAGGAUCAUGUCACGCCUACAUCUCCACCUCUCCUCCUUCCGUUCCUCCUCUCUCUCCUCUGUCCUUCUCCUAGUCUUCCUCUCCUCCAUGCUCCUCCUGUCCCUCCCCAGCCCGGCCGUGGCCGGUUCCACUCCUCUAUCAGAGGGGGGUAACGUAAAGGCUAACUGCACGGCUACGGGAGACCCCUGUCAGGAGGGGGUGGUACUGCCCGUCUGGAACCCACAGAACCCCUCUGUAGGAGACAAGGUAGCGCGGGCCAUUGUCUACUUUGUAGCGAUGAUCUAUAUGUUCCUGGGGAUGUCCAUCAUAGCUGAUAGAUUCAUGUCUUCUAUAGAGGUGAUCACCUCUCAGGAGAAGGAGAUCACCAUAAAGAAGUGGAACGGGGAGACAACCACAGCUACAGUGAGGAUCUGGAACGAGACCGUGUCUAACCUCACUCUCAUGGCUCUGGGGUCAUCUGCUCCUGAGAUACUGCUCUCUGUUAUAGAGGUGUGUGGCCACGGCUUCGAGGCUGGUUCUCUGGGUCCCUCCACCAUUGUGGGCAGUGCUGCUUUUAACAUGUUCAUCAUCAUCGCCCUGUGUGUCUAUGUGGUUCCUGACGGAGAGACCAGGAAGAUUAAACAUCUCCGUGUGUUUUUCGUGACCGCGGCGUGGAGUGUGUUCGCAUACAUCUGGCUGUAUCUUAUCCUGUGUGUGUUCUCUCCUGGAGAGGUGGAAGUCUGGGAGGCCGUGGUCACCUUUCUGUUCUUCCCCCUCUGCGUGGUCCAGGCGUGGGUGGCCGAUCGACGAUUGCUCUUCUACAAGUACGUCCGCAAGCGUUACCGUGCCGACAAGCACAGAGGCAUCAUCGUUGAGACGGAGGUAGGGAUGGACGGAGGGAUGGGAGGAGGAGGAGGAGGAGGAGGAGGAGGAGGGAUGUUGGGGCCAGGUGGGUUCACUAAGAUGGACAUGAUGGAGCUGGACGGACAGGUGGUGGAGGGAUGGAGGGAUGGAGGGAUGCUGGAGGACGGAGGACAAGAAGGGAGGAGGGAUCUGGAGGACGUGGCCAGGAGAGACAUGGCGAGGACCCUGAAGGAGCUGAAAGCCAGACACCCUGAUAGAGACACAGAGCAGCUUAUAGAGAUGGCCAACUACCAGGUGUUGGUCCAGCAACAGAAGAGCCGAGCGUUCUACCGUAUCCAGGCAACCAGGAUGAUGAUCGGAGCAGGCAACAUCCUGAAGAAGCAUGCUGCUGACCAGGCUAGGAAGGUGGUGAGCAGCCAGGAGCCCCACCUGCAGGAAGACGACCCCCACACGACCCGGAUGGAGUUUCAACCCUCCCACUACCAGUGCUUCGAGAACUGUGGCUCACUCAAACUGACCGUGGCCCGACAUGGCGGAGACCCUGGAGCUUCUGUUAAGGUGGACUACCGUACAGAAGACGGCACAGCCAACGCCGGUUCAGACUAUGAAUUCGCUGAAGGGACCCUCCUCUUCAAGCCGGGCGAGACCCUGAAAGAGAUAACUGUGGGCAUCAUAGACGACGACAUCUUCGAAGAGGAUGAGUACUUCUAUGUCCACCUCAGUAACCCUCGUGUGGUUGGCUACGACCCGUUGGAGACGAACUCUAACUCCUCCCCCAAGGCGGUGCUCGGUGACGGCCACACGGCGACGGUGACCAUCUACGACGACGAUCACGCGGGGAUAUUUUCGUUUGAGAUCGACGCCCUGCGGGUGAGCGAGAGUGUUGGGGUCAUGGAGGUCAAGGUUCAGAGGACGUCGGGGGCCCGGGGGCUGGUGGUGGUGCCUUACAGGACCGUAGACGGGACAGCCCGGGGUGGAGAGGAUUUCGAAGAGGUGUCUGGGAAUCUGGAGUUCCAGAACGACGAGACGAUGAAGAUGAUCGAGGUGAAGAUUAUUGAUGAUGAGCUUUAUGAGAAGAACAAGACCUUCACAAUGGAGCUGGGGGAACCGCUACUUCUGGAUGCUGGCCAAAAACACGGCGACUCCAAUGAGAACAAGCCGACGGAUGACGAGGUGGCCAAGAUGGGUUGUCCCAGUCUGGGAGAAAACACACGGAUAGAGGUGGUCAUCGAAGAGUCUUACGAGUUCAAGAACACAGUAGAUAAGCUGAUCAAGAAGACUAAUCUUGCGUUGGUGGUGGGAAGCUGCAGCUGGAGAGAGCAGUUUGUCUCUGCCGUCACUGUCAGCGCAGGUGAUGAUGAUGAUGAGGAGAGUGGUGAAGAGCGUCUCCCGUCCUGUUUUGACUACAUCAUGCACUUCCUCACCGUCUUCUGGAAAGUUCUGUUUGCCUUUGUCCCUCCGACAGAGUACUGGAAUGGCUGGGCCUGCUUCAUCGUCUCCAUCAGUCUCAUCGGAGUUCUGACGGCUGUAACAGGAGACCUGGCCUCUGCCUUCGGCUGCACUGUGGGUCUGAAGGACUCUGUCACUGCCGUGGUGUUUGUAGCACUAGGGACCUCUGUACCAGACACCUUUGCCAGUAAGGUGGCCGCCAUCCAGGACCAGUACGCCGACGCCUCCAUCGGCAACGUAACCGGUAGCAACGCCGUGAACGUCUUCCUUGGGAUCGGAGUGGCGUGGACCAUCGCCGCCGUCUUCUGGCGCUCCAAAGGCCAGGUGUUUCGUGUCGACCCGGGCUCGCUGGCGUUCUCCGUCACGCUCUUCACGGUGAUGGCGUGCAUAUGCGUGAUGAUCCUCCUCUACCGACGGCGAGCGUCAGUGGCAGGCGGGGAGCUCGGAGGGCCGAGGACUACCAAGAUCAUCACAUCACUGGUCUUCUUCUUCAUGUGGCUGAUCUAUAUAUUGCUGUCAUCACUGGAGGCAUACUGUCACAUACCUGGGUUCUAGAGAGAGAGAGAGAUGGAGGGGUGAGGGAAGAGCGGAAGAGAGAAGGAUGGAGGGGUGGGUUGGGGGAGACAGAGAGGAGGAAUAGACACAGGGAGGGAACAAAAGGAAACCCACUCGGCAAAAACUGGUUGAAUCAACAUUGUUUCCACGUUGUUUCAACAACAACAAAAAUGAAGCGUAAUGACGUUUAUUCAACGUGGGAAAUUGAUUGGAUUUGCAACUUAAAUCCAACGUCAUGGGGACAUUUUUUUGUCAGCCAAAUGUAAAUGAAAAGUAGAUGUUGAAUUGACGUCUGCGCCUGUGGGAAGGGAGGCAGGCAGAGAGGACAUGUUGGAAAGAGCAUUCUCCCUUUCCCUAUCUAACACUAGUCAGUAUUCUCCCAUCUAACACUAGAGUCAGUAUUCUCCCAUCUAACACUAGAGUCAGUAUUCUCCCAUCUAACACUAGAGUCAGUAUUCUCCCAUCUAACACUAGAGUCAGUAUUCUCCCAUCUAACACUAGAGUCAGUAUUCUCCCAUCUAACACUAGAGUCAGUAUUCUCCCAUCUAACACUAGUCAGUAUUCUCCCAUCUAACACUAGAGUCAGUAUUCUCCAUAUCAGUGAAAGCCUCUAAAAUCCCCUGCUGUUGUCUAACAGGUAGAGGUCAUAUCAGUGAAAGCCUCUAAUCCAACAGGUAGAGGUCAUAUCAGUGAAAGCCUCUAAUCCAACAGGUAGAGGUCAUAUCAGUGAAAGGCUCUAAUCCAACAGGUAGAGGUCAUAUCAGUGAAAGCCUCUAAUCUAACAGGUAGAGGUCAUAUCAGUGAAAGCCUCUAAUCCAACAGGUAGAGGUCAUAUCAGUGAAAGCCUCUAAUCCAACAGGUAGAGGUCAAAUCAGACACCCUGCUUUACGACCCUCCUCUCCUCCUUUCUCUCUUUCCUUCCCUCGCUCACUCCGCCCAGCCUUAUUCUCCAAUAGACUGUAAACGUCUUAAUAUUGUCUUACAGUGAUAGGCUAGUAGAGGACGUUAGACCACACCCCUUUCCCCGCCACCCUCGCUCCUGUUGAGCCAAUCCCAAGUCACCUUGCUCCCUAAGGAAGACCUUGCCCCUCCCACUUUUCGACGGCGUUGGUGUGUAGAUGUUGUUAUUGCGAAAUUGUAAAGAAAAUAAUAAAUAAGGAAAAUGAUGAUUAUUAUGAAGAAGUAUGUUAAAAACAUUGGAACGAGAGAGAAGAUGAUAUUAAAAGACUAUAAUUAUUAUGUGAGAACUGUACGGAAUGAUAAUAAUUGAACUUUGCAAUAAAGAAAAUGUUGAAUAU